AUGGAGUUCCCACGCCCGCCGCACACCGCCACCAUGUUUCGAUACCUGAGCCCCAAGUCGCUCUUGACGAUGCAUCAUAUGGACAUGACCAUCAUACCCAUAUCCCUCUCCGCGGAGCCUAUGCCUAUUUUUGAUGAAGUGGCGUUUGCUGACUUGCAACCUGUGGUGGAUAGUAACCAACGGACGAGAAACCAGUUUCGCCCUCGCGUGGGCAAGGGUGGAUCAGCCAGCUAUCAGCUGCGACAGUAUGCCGAGGUGACACUUGGCGGUGGCAGCCUACGAAAGGUUGUAAAGCUCCCAGAAGGCGAGGAUGAGAACGAGUGGUUGGCUGUCAACAUGGUGGACUUCUACAACCAGAUCAACCUUCUAUACGGAGCCAUCACCGAGUUCUGUUCACCACAGUCAUGUCCCGAGAUGAAGGCCACGGAUGAGUUUGAGUAUCUCUGGCAAGAUAGCGAGAACUACAAGCGUCCUACCAAGAUGCCUGCGCCAGCAUACAUUGAACAGCUCAUGUCAUGGGUGCAGGCAAACAUUGAUAACGAACAAGUUUUGCCCAGCAAGAUUGGCGUUCCAUUCCCCAAAUCAUUCCCGGCGCUGGUCCGCCAGAUCUUCAAGCGCAUGUACCGCGUCUACGCACACAUUUACUGCCACCACUACCCCGUGAUCCGUGAGCUCGGCCUCGAGCCACAUCUGAACACAAGCUUCAAGCAGUACGUUCUGUUUGUUGACGAGCACAGCUUGGCGAGUGGAAGGGAUUACUGGGGUCCCCUGGGCGAUUUAGUAGACAGCAUGCUCAAGAGCGACUAG